AUGCCUAUUGGACAAGAUUGCCAUGAAAUGUGGAGCAAGAAAAGGCGUCGUAUGCUUCGACAGGAGCAAGCGCGGAAACUCUCUUCUGUGGCUUUGCAAAAUCGUCCGCAAGAGGGAGUUGUCAAUCAACAUGACAUAUGCUUAAAACCUCUCUCAAAUUCAACUUCUCUUACUGAUGAAACCCGGCGGCAAACGGAAGAGUCAUUAAAUCCUCUAAUAAGAAGCGAUGCUCUUUCUGCUUCUUGUUCUAUGCUGCAUAAAUCCAGUGAACAUAUUGUUCGAAAGACGUCUAUGCAUGCUGUUGGAAAUGGAAUACAUACCCAACUUCCUUCUACUAUUAACAUUUCCAGUCUCAGUGGGCCUUCUACUUCCCUUAGACAGCAAACUACCGAAUCGGAUCUUACCUCUUCCGAAAGGCAGCAAAUUGAAAAUUCUCCUAGUAAGGAAGAUCCUAACAUGGAGGACACAUCUGAUAACGAUACUGAUGCUAGUAUUGUUGCCCUAUUAGCCACAUUAAAGCAGGCAAACAAUGAUCAGUUAAAGAACUCUAUUGUGCAAACGUUGCGUCAAAACCCUCAGAUAAUUGAGGGCCUCCGUGCCCAAUUUGACAGUGAUGAUCCCGAGCUCGCUGAAUUGGCUAGUCUCGUAAAUGCCCUAAUUAGUUGGGCACAAGCUGAUGGAUUAGAUCCCUCUUCCAAUUCAAAUGAUGCAUCUAUUCAAACGACUAGGUUUGAAAACGGAGUGAUCUCUGGAUCUAUGUCUACUCAGACAGGCUGUGGAAAACCAGGAAGCAAACUUGGUAACCGGCCUAACUACAGAGAUGUUUGA